AUGCUCCCGAUCCCUUCUUAUCAACUCCCGCCUGUAGGAGGGCGACCAAUCUACUCCUUACCAGGUGCCAAUAUCGAUGCUCUUAAGGGGCACAACCUGUACCGAGCGUUCGAUCGAACAAUCCGUCUGGUGCAGGUCAUGCGGCUACAAGGGGGAGACGAGCUGUCUACGAAAUUCCGGUCCGCCUUUACUGAGGUUGCUACUUUUGAAUCAGCCUUACGGCUGUACUUUACAACUGCAGAGGUCCGGGAAAAGAACUUUGAGUGCUUAUCCACUAUGAGUCAGCCUGUAAAGGUGAUGAAGGCUGUACAUCAGGGCCGGAACGCUCAAAAAGCAACGGACGAGGAGGCUGAUAACCUCUCCUCUGACCUCUAUCUUUGCAUCGGUGCCAGGGUUAUGCUUACGGCCAAUUUAUGGACCGAAGCUGGAUUAGUAAACGGAUCUAUGGGGACGGUUCAUGAUAUUGCGUGGGUGACGGGGCAGGAUAUUUCUCAGAUGCCUUCCUUUUUACUGAUCAAGUUCGAUGAGUACAUUGAACCAGAGUUUCCGGGUGGUGGGCGUGGUAUAGUACCCAUCUUUCCGACCACGCGUCAGUUUUAA